GGUGGGUGCGUGAGCGAGGGCGAGCGCGGGCCGCGGUGCGCUGUGGGAUACGGCGGUAUAUAGUCUAUCCUCGGCGCGGCGAUAGCGAGGGGGUCAGGCGGGAGCGGGGCAUGAAGAUGGCGGACGCCAAGCAGAAGCGGAACGAGCAGCUGAAGCGCUGGAUCGGCUCUGAGACCGACCUGGAGCCGCCCGUGGUCAAGCGCAAAAAGACCAAGGUGAAGUUCGACGACGGCGCCGUCUUCCUGGCUGCCUGCUCCAGCGGGGACACGGAGGAGGUGCUGCGGCUGCUGGAGCGCGGCGCCGACAUCAACUACGCCAAUGUGGACGGGCUCACCGCGCUCCACCAGGCUUGUAUAGAUGAUAACGUAGAUAUGGUGAAAUUUCUGGUGGAAAAUGGAGCAAAUAUUAAUCAACCAGAUAAUGAAGGCUGGAUACCUCUACAUGCAGCUGCUUCCUGUGGAUAUCUUGAUAUAGCAGAGUAUUUAAUUAGUCAAGGAGCACAUGUAGGAGCUGUAAAUAGUGAAGGAGACACCCCAUUAGAUAUUGCUGAAGAAGAGGCAAUGGAAGAGCUGCUUCAGAAUGAAGUGAAUAGACAAGGGGUUGAUAUAGAGGCAGCUCGAAAAGAAGAGGAGCGAAUCAUGCUUAGAGAUGCACGACAGUGGCUGAACAGUGGCCAUAUAAAUGAUGUCAGGCACGCGAAAUCUGGUGGUACAGCACUUCAUGUUGCUGCUGCUAAGGGCUAUACAGAAGUCUUAAAGCUUUUAAUACAGGCUCGCUAUGAUGUAAAUAUUAAAGAUUAUGAUGGCUGGACACCACUUCAUGCUGCUGCUCACUGGGGUAAAGAAGAAGCAUGUCGCAUUUUAGUGGAAAACCUUUGUGAUAUGGAGGCUGUCAACAAAGUGGGGCAGACAGCAUUUGAUGUGGCAGACGAGGAUAUUCUAGGAUACUUAGAAGAAUUACAAAAGAAGCAAAAUCUGCUUCAUAGUGAAAAACGUGAAAAGAAAUCUCCCCUAAUUGAAUCCACAGCUAACUUGGAUAAUAACCAGACACAGAAAACAUUCAAAAAUAAAGAGACAUUGAUUAUGGAGCAAGAAAAGAAUGCAUCUAGUAUAGAGUCUCUGGAGCAGGAGAAAGCAGAUGAAGAAGAAGAGGGAAAGAAGGAUGAAUCCAGUUGUUCCAGUGAGGAAGAAGAAGAUGAUGACUCAGAAUCCGAAGCGGAGACAGAUAAGACCAAAACCUUGGCUAAUGCAAAUACCACAAGUACACAAUCAGCAUCGAUGACUGCUUCAGUAGCUGGAGGUCAAGGGACACCCACAUCACCUCUUAAGAAGUAUGAUUUCAUUCCUCCUCUCAUGCCUGUCGUGGAGUCAGUAGAUCCUGCAUCAUGGAGGCAGGGCUUGCGCAAAACUGGCAUUGUUCUUGUGCCCAAUAAGGGUGAAAAGGCAAUGUUUCCAACAUCUACAACCAAGGUUUCUCCCAAAGAAGAAGAAAGGAAAGAUGAAUCUCCUGCUUCAUGGAGGUUAGGUCUUCGAAAAACUGGUAGUUAUGGUGCACUUGCAGAAAUCACUGCUUCAAAAGAAGCUCAGAAAGAAAAGGACUCUGCAGGUGUUAUACGUUCUGCUUCAAGUCCUAGACUUUCCUCUUCAUUGGACAACAAAGAAAAGGAGAAAGAUGGAAAAGGAACUAGACUUGCCUAUGUUGCACCUACAAUACCAAGACGACUGGCCAGUACCUCUGACAUUGAUGAAAAAGAAAACAGGGACUCGUCUGCUAGCUCAAUACGUAGUGGCAGUUCCUAUGCAAGGAGAAAAUGGGAGGAAGAUGUCAAGAAAAACAGUUUGAAUGAAGGUCCUACAUCCUUAAACACAAGUUAUCAAAGAAGUGGCUCCUUUGGUAGAAGACAAGAUGAUUUGAUUAGUUCUAAUGUUCCAAGUACUGCAUCAACAGUUACCUCUUCUGCUGGUCUUCAGAAAACACUGCCUGCCAGCGCAAACACUACUACAAAGAGUACAACGGGUUCAACUUCAGCAGGUGUACAAAGCAGUACCUCAAAUCGUUUGUGGGCUGAGGAUAGUACUGAGAAAGAGAAGGACAGUGUUCCCACAGCAGUGACGGUUCCUGUUGCACCAUCUGUUGUAAAUGCUGCGGCCACUACCACAGCCAUGACUACAGCUACUUCUGGCACUGUGUCCUCAACAUCAGAGGUCAGGGAGAGACGGAGAUCAUACCUCACUCCAGUACGGGAUGAAGAGUCAGAGUCCCAAAGAAAAGCCAGAUCCAGGCAAGCAAGACAGUCCAGGAGAUCUACGCAGGGUGUAACACUGACAGAUCUUCAAGAAGCUGAAAAAACUAUAGGAAGAAGUCGUUCCACACGAACCAGAGAACAAGAAAAUGAAGAGAAAGAAAAGGAAGAGAAAGAAAAGCAAGACAAAGAAAAACAAGAAGAAAAGAAAGAAUCUGAAACUAAAGAUGAUGAUUAUAGACAAAGAUAUUCCCGAACUGUUGAAGAGCCAUAUCAUCGCUAUAGACCAACUUCAACUUCGACUUCUUCAUCAUCCACCUCUUCGCUCUCCACCUCCACUAGCUCUCUUUCAAGUUCAAGUCAGCUAAACAGACCAAACAGCCUUAUAGGUAUAACUUCUGCCUAUUCUCGGAGUGGAACAAAGGAAAGUGAGAGAGAAGGGGGCAAAAAAGAGGAAGAAAAAGAAGAAGAUAAGUCACAGCCCAAAUCUAUACGGGAAAGGCGGCGACCAAGAGAAAAACGACGAUCUACAGGAGUUUCAUUUUGGACUCAAGAUAGUGAUGAAAAUGAACAAGAGCACCAGUCUGAUUCAGAAGAAGGAACAAAUAAGAAAGAAACUCAGAGUGAUAGCCUUUCAAGGUAUGACACGGGAUCACUCAGUGUGUCUUCAGGUGAUCGUUACGAUUCAGCACAGGGGCGAUCUGGGUCACAGAGUUACCUUGAAGAUCGAAAACCUUACUGCAGUAGACUAGAAAAAGAAGAUAGCACUGAUUUUAAGAAGCUUUAUGAACAGAUCCUAGCUGAAAACGAGAAGCUGAAAGCACAGUUACAUGAUACCAACAUGGAACUUACAGAUCUUAAACUACAGCUGGAGAAGACCACUCAGAGACAAGAAAGAUUUGCUGACAGAUCGCUCCUGGAAAUGGAGAAAAGGGAAAGAAGAGCUCUAGAAAGAAGGAUAUCUGAAAUGGAAGAGGAACUGAAAAUGCUACCAGACCUGAAGGCAGACAACCAGAGGCUAAAAGAUGAAAAUGGGGCCUUGAUCAGAGUUAUAAGCAAACUUUCCAAAUAAAGGGCUUACUACAGCAGCAGAUACCGGUAUUGCACAUCGUGAGUAACUCCAGUGGACCACAGUAUGGCAGUCACUGGAAGUGUGGGAAGAUCCCUUGGAGACUGUCAUUUUCAGAUAUCCUGCCAAACGCCCUCUUACCUGUGUGUUUUUGUAUCAAGAUCAUUGUUUCUGUUAAAAUGCAGCUGCUGAGAAGAAAAAUGACUGAGAAAUCUUGUUUACAGCUACAGCAUUAUAAGGAAAGUGUUCAAGGCCAGAUACGCCUCAGAUAUUUAACCAGUAAGCCUUAGUUGUACAUAAACACUUUUACAUCAACAAAAGCUUUCAGCUCUCACAGAAGACAGUUACUCAAUAAUGUUUUUGUUGUGCCACAACUCCCAGGUUUUUUUUUCUAUACUCAGUUUUUCUUUAAAUCGUAAGUUUGGAUUUUUUUUCCCUUCUAAUUAUUCAUGUACCAGAUUUUCUUGUACAGUGUUUUCACAGCUUUACCAUUUGCAGAGACCACACACCCUUUUAAAUUACAUAUUCGUGUAGCUACCUAGAGUUGUAUUGUCCAACCACCUGGAACAGAGAUGUUUGGUGGAACGUUUGCUUUCACUGUUUGUGCAAUAUGCAUUUAUUUCCUAUACAGAAUGCUUUAAAAGUCAGUUGAAACUAGAAUUAUUUUAAGAGUCCUGUUUUCUGCCUUCAUCGGUCACUUAAAAAAAAAAAAAGUUUGUAGUGAAAGAUGCUAGAUCCUGUAAUCGUCACAUUCAUUUGAGCAGGUACUGAGUGAUGCUGUAUAUAUAAAUGUGUACUGGUUUGAUUUUUCAGACCACCACGUGGCAUGCUUGAAUAUAUUUCCCUAUUGCAAAUGUCUGUUAAUGCAAAUUAGGCUACUCCAGAAUAGUGUGUUUAACAAAGUUCAUUAAUUUUUAUGGUAUAAAGAAUUUAGACAUUGUACAUUGUAUGGAGCCCUAUCUUUACAAAAGGUCUAAACUAUAUAAAAUACUUUAUUAUCUUUUCUUCCCAGUUGUUUUUUUUUUUCAUUUGAUAGUGUUCACCAUAAUAAAAAAUGCAUAAAUAUAACUGCUUCACUACAUUUCACAUACCUGUAUUUAUCCGAGUGCUGUCCAAAACUGUUGUGCUAGCCAAAGUAAUCUUACUAAAUCAUUUGAAAAACAUAACCCGUUACACUCACAUUAAUGUUUAUAUGCACUGUUGCCAUGUGAGAAGGCAUCUAAUUUGAUAACACCAUCGUGUCAGACCAUUUUAUACAUUUCAGUGGCCUUUAAAAACAAAAAAAGUACUUAAGUGAAGAUUGCUUUUGUUAGAAACAGCUUUUAUAUUUCAUUAAACCAUUCGGAAUACGACAUCCUAUCGGCACAUAACUUUAUUGCCUAAAACCACUGACCAGAUCAGCCAUUAAAACCGAUUGUACAUUGUAAAGCUUGUAGUAGCUAUUGUAUUAUUGAUUAUAUUGUAUACUACAUUAAAUGUGAAUUUGUACCCCUUCAUUUAAAAAGGUCAUUGUGUUCUACUGCCUCCUGGGGGGUGGGCUUAGCUUUAGGGGGGUGGGAUAUGUUUGGGGAAGGAAGACGCGAUGUCCUCUCUCCGUUGGUUUUUUGAAGAUGUAAGGUUAUGCUCUCACUACCAAGCUCAGGAUUCUUGAUUUUAAAGGUACACGGAUGGUCUGAGAUACCUGAUUGUAAUCGAUCUGUGUGAGAGGUGGGGCUGAACCGUAGGGAACUUCCAUUGUCAUAUGCUAACAUAAAAUAAGCGGAGAACUGAACGGUUUGAAUGGCUGCAGCGUACUGAGUUCUGUUACAAGACAGUUAGGCAUAUUCUCGAUUAUAUUUGGUAAAGUUUGGGUGCCUGUGAAUGAUUAAAUACGUGUUUCUAAUAUUUUAGUGUUUUAUAUUUAGGUUAUUUAUUCUUUAUAUCUUAAAAAAGAUGAAUGGCUACUGUGCUAUAUUGAUUUUAUUGGUAGUACUGAGCAGACCUUGUAUCUGCAUGAAACUAGUUGCAAAACCCACUAUUUUGGAAAAAAAAAAAAAAAAAAGAAGUAUUUUGACAUAUACAAAUAAAAUGAAUACAAACUAUUUUAAAUGUGUGAAAGUUUUACUGAGAAGACACUGAGAUUUGUUACGAACUUAAGCGAUGUUGUAAGUUUGCUGUUGAAAUUCUUCGGUGGGCAUUUUUCAUUCAUUGCGUCAUUGGGAUGCCAAAUUCGAGUACCUUUCAAAGAUUGUAAUCAAAUGGUGAUUAUUUGCACAUCGUUGUACAUGCACAUCUGUAAAUGCUACAGUAAAAAUGCCAUAUUUAUGCAAUCUGUAACAACUUGGACAAAUGUUUAUAUAUUUUACAUAAACCUGUCUGUGUGCAGAAUCUGAGAACCA